AUGGACUCUCAGUGGCAGCCUUACCAGGAUCCCUUGAUGGGCCGUCCCGCGCAGUUCAAUAGUGGACAACAGCUUGCCUCUAAAUACGGUGGUCAGCCUCAACAGCCUCAGCAGGCUCCUAUUGGCUAUACCUACGAGACUUUCCAAACACCCACUAUUGCAGCCAACCCACCUAGCAUCAAUACCAGCUCGAAAACAGUUUCCAUGGCAUCAUCUCCGACCGCGACACCACGUAGCCGGGAUUAUGUUACCGAUACUGAUACCACCAUGGAGGACGCGGACCCGUACAACCGAGCAAAAUACUCUGCGAGACAAAGUUAUCACCAUAGUCGGCCCUCUUCCCAGUACUUUCCCCAGGAGGAGUCCUCUGCUGCUCGCAGAUACUCUCCGAUGAACGUGCUGUCGCCGACCAUGUCAUAUAAUGCGAGCCCAGGAAAGCCCCCUAACUCCUACGCCCUCCCUCCAGGUACGAAUCAGACUCGACGAUCACCAACUAGAGCGCCGAAUUACUCUUCGCCUCCCCAGCCAUACCAGUCGCCUCCUUCGACUGGAUCGCGGCCCCCUCGGCUUCCCCUUUUGCAUCCCACAGAUUUGAGUCUCGAACAAUACUACCCGCCGUCAGCAGGAUCUCAGCUCAGUGUGGCUCUGGGCCAAGAUGGAAGAUCCCCCCGUCCUACCUCAGUAUCGGGCGGCAGCCAACAACCAGGUCGAGGGCCGAUACCCAAAUUUCAAAAGAUUAAAUCGGUCCAAGAACUACAACCACGCGUCAAUGUGCAGCCUCCCUACAGACGCGCUAAUCCGGAAGGCGGCUUUAUUAGCCCUCUGCAAGCUCUAACGAUGCACCUUCCCUCCACCUAUCGGAUAUGUAACCCAGGCUUCAACUAUGAAUCGUCGAGGAACCCCAGGCGCGUCCUCACGAAACCUAGCAAGGGCGUCAAGAACGAUGGAUAUGACAAUGAAGAGAGCGACUACAUAUUAUACGUGAAUGACAUUCUCGGGAGCGAGGAAGCGGGUCACAAAAACCGCUAUCUUAUCCUUGAUGUGCUCGGCCAGGGAACUUUUGGGCAGGUUGUGAAAUGUCAGAACUUGAAAACUCAGGAAGUAGUGGCCGUCAAGGUCAUUAAAAAUAAGACUGCUUACUUCAACCAAAGCAUGAUGGAGGUCUCGGUUUUAGACCUUCUUAACAGCAGAUAUGACAAGAACGACGACCACCAUUUACUUCGGUUAAAGGACACAUUUAUUCACCGGCAGCAUCUCUGUUUGGUAUUCGAACUGCUCAGUGUCAAUCUUUAUGAACUGAUUAAACAAAAUCAGUUCCGAGGUUUAAGCACAACUCUGGUGCGUGUUUUUGCUCAACAACUCAUAAACGCGUUGAGCCUUCUAAACAAAGCACAUCUGAUUCACUGCGAUUUGAAACCGGAAAAUAUACUACUAAAAAAUUUGGAGAGUCCAAUUAUCAAAGUCAUUGACUUCGGAUCUGCUUGUGAUGAACGACAAACAGUCUACACAUAUAUACAAUCGAGGUUCUACCGCUCACCCGAGGUCCUUCUCGGCUUACCGUAUUCCUCCGCAAUUGAUAUGUGGUCGUUAGGAUGCAUAGUUGUUGAGCUCUUCCUUGGUCUGCCUUUGUUUCCAGGGUCGUCGGAAUACAACCAAGUGUGUCGGAUUGUAGAUAUGCUUGGCUUGCCUCCAUCGUGGAUGCUAGAAAUGGGCAAGCAGUCCGGCGAAUUUUUCGAGAAGACUCAGGACGAGUUUGGAAGAAAAUCAUAUCGUCUAAAAAGUUUGGAGCAGUAUUCUCGAGAGCACAACACGAAAGAGCAGCCAAGCAAGAAAUACUUCCAAGCGACUACAUUGGAGGACAUCAUCCGAAGCUACCCAAUGCCCAGGAAGAACAUGAAGCAGGCAGAGGUAGAGAGAGAAAUAAACAAUCGAGUGGCUUUUAUCGAUUUCGUCCGUGGUCUGUUGACAAUCAACCCUCUUGAGCGGUGGUCGCCGCAACAGGCCAAGUUACAUCCUUUCAUUACGCAACAAAAGUUUACAGGCCCUUUUGUGCCUCCAAUGAAUCUUAAAUACUCAUCGCUCAACAAACCUGUUGCUCCCGGGAUCCAACAACAACAGCAGGCGGAGGCAACAAGUAAGCAGAGAGCGGCACAGGCAGCACAUGCCCAGUCUGCAGUGCAGAAUGCAUAUUCUAUGCAAAUGAAUCAGUUCCACACGCCAACUCAUGCCCAGCCUCCCCCCAUGUACAAUGGGAUGUUUACAGGGCACCAGCAAGGUGCCCCUCCUCCGUAUCCCACUCAGCCUCCCGGGUAUGGCCACCAAAUGAAUAUUAUUCCUGGCCAAAUGCCUCAAGCCCAAUAUGCUCCAUCUCAGAGUCUUUAUGCGCAAGCGACAACAAGGGCUGGUCGCCAACGCGCUUCUACUAUGGACGCUCAGGGUGGGGGGAUACCGCCUACGAUUCAGCGAGUCGCGAGCCAUCUGGACCCCAACGCUCCUAUUCGGUUGCAACCGAGUCCGGCAUAUUACCCUCCUCCACCGGAGGGAUACGUCGACGCCAACUCUGCUAAUCAGCGUCGUCGAGGUAGCCGAGCAGGCGGCACACGGAACCGAGACUUCAUUCGGACCCUUGAGGAUGGUGUGUUAGGGGGUGAUAGCUAUGUUGCCUCAACUCAGUGGCAUUGA